GCCAACCAAACUCGACAUCCGUUCUUCUUCCUUCCUUUUUUUUUUUUUUUAAAUAUCCGUGUUGUUUCAUAUAACUUCCGUUUCAAAACCCUAGUGAAAAAAAAAAAAAAUUCAUUCAUUUUAUUGUGAAAAGAAAACAGUGAAAAAUAGCAACAAAAAAAAAGAAUAUUGUGCUGAUUGGGAUUCAUUUGUUUUACUGAUGAGCUAAUUCCUAACCGAUUUCCUUCAUUGGAUGUAAUACUUUUAACCUCAAGUGUCGUGAAUGCGAAAAAGAAGAAAUCAUCACGUCAUCCUUUCGUAGAGAAGAUGCUGGGCAGAUGAUUGGGCCGCAGCCGAAAUGAGUUCCGAUUUCGAGAUUGACAACAGCGCUGGCCAAACAGGUGCGACGGUGCUCAAUCACAAUCAAUGGAACGUCGUGGCGGGCGACUCGUCGUCCGACGCUCAACACUUGCGAUCGGGUCGAUCGACGCAACAGCGAUGCAGUUGCUGCACCCGUUGCUGGACAACCGGCUGCACGUGGCUGACGUCAGGGCUGGGCGUGUCGCUCCUAUUGUUCGUCUACCUGAUCACGGGCGCCGUCAUGUUUAUGAUGCUCGGCAAUCACGAAACGAGCGGCGCCUCGUCGUCGUCCGACCAUUCCAAAGCGCAGCCGGUCGACCACGUCCGCCCCGGACAUCACCACCACACCGACCCUGACGGCCGCCUCCUAGAGAAAACAAUGGCCACGGUGGAUCGUCUCUGGUCCAUUACGGAAGACCUCAACAUCCUCUACAGAGACAACUGGACCCAUUUGGCCCGGGUGGAGAUGCGCCACUACCAGGAUCAGAUCGUGCGGACGCUGCGGCAGAUGAUGCUGGAAGAGCGCUACUCGUUCCGCCAGACGUGGACCUUCCCCAUGUCUCUGCUCUACGCUCUGACGCUCAUCACCACCAUCGGGUACGGAUUUUAUACGCCGACGACGGUGCUGGCCCGCAGUUUGACGACAGCUUAUUCUUUGCUGGGCAUUCCGCUCUUUUUACUCUACCUGUCGGUGGUGGGUGAGCGGCUGGCCAGGGUCAUCAACCGGAUGACGUGCAGUUGUUGUUGUUGCUGUUGCGACGACAACGUUGCCGCACCGACGGGCGACGAAGAAGAGGACGAAGACAAUGGCAACGGCCGACCAGGCCGGCGGAGGCUCGGAGCCUAUCGGCAGUACAGCGACGUCACGCUGGCCCUGCAGCCCAUGUCGUUCCGAGGAGCCGGCAGCAACGGCCAUGUUUCCCAGCAGGAGACGGCCCCGCCUUCGGCAACGAUCCAGCAGCCUUUCAAAAGCGACGCAAUCAUAGCCGGCAGGCAUUUAAGCGCCGCCAUCGGCUGCUCGAACUCAUCGGACACGACUCAAGUGCCUCUGCUGGUCUGCGCCGGACUUUUGGCCGUUUUCAUCGGUCUGGCCAGCCUCCUGCUGGUCCUGUUCGAGCCGCAGCUGGGAUUCGUCGAUAGUCUCCACUUGACCAUCAAUCUGCUCAUGACGCUCGGAUUCGCCGGCAAUUUACUGCCCGGCAUGAGCGCGGAAACGACCGCACCCAUCGAAGGAGGAGCAGGAGCGGGAGGUGGUAACCAUCGCGACGACAAGAGUCAGGCCGUCGGGUCGCAAAUUUCGCUCGUUAUCAUCGCCUGUCUCAUCCUAGUGGGCACGACCCUCUUGUCGUCUUCGUUCAGCGUCCUCAUGGAUAACAUCAGUCUGGCCAAAUCGCCAGGUGGCAGCACGGCAGACGGCGCUAGUUCGAGAGAGGCGAGAUCGGCCCCGACUUCCGCCACUUGCUAUCAUCACAUGCCCUCCCCCAAUCGACAAUUUUCAUAGAUGAUCGAUGACCUUUCCCUUUCCAUGCCCCCUCUCUUUUCCCUUAAAAAAGUAAAGCUGAACAGUUUUUUGUAAAUAACGUUUGACCAUCUUCCAAGAAAAGAAUUUCUAUACUCAUUUAAGGACUGCGUGUUGGAAGAUGAAACACAAUUUCUAUCGAUGUUUUUGUAUCAUAUUGCAAAAGAUGAAGGUGACCUUUAAU